AUGUGGCUUGUCAUUAUCCUCCCAUAUUUCCUCUAUGCAUGGCGUACAUUAGCCAUUCAAGACUCGGAUGGCUAUGGUCCGCUCAACUUCAAAGCAGCAUUCGGGCCGUUACCACAGCCGAUGAUCAUCGAUGUCAACCCAGCCUUCAUCGAGCAAACAAGAGUCAAAGCCAGUUUAACCCGUCUGGCCAUUAAUAUCGAUGUGCCCCCCUUUACGGAAGGUGUUCCUUCGACCGAAAUAUCCAACAUCGUUAAUUUCUGGACCCAUGAAUACAACUGGACUACCGUGCAGACCAGCCUCAAUUCGCAAUACCGCCAUUUCACCACCACAAUCCCGCCGUUGAACGACUCACAGACAAAAUUUCCAGACCCGACAUCACUCCAUUUUAUACACCAUAUCUCGUCACGACCUGAUGCCAUUCCCCUCCUCUUUAUCCACGGGUGGCCAGGCUCGUUCCUCGAAGUUGGCAAAAUCCUGACAGAUUUGGUUGAGCCAUCCGAUUCCUUUGAUCCGGCUUUCCAUAUCGUUGCGCCUUCUAUCCCAGGCUUCGGUUUCUCGCCCGCACCCACCAAGCCCGGGUUUGGACUAGUUGAGACUGGUGCAGCAUUCCAUCAACUCAUGCUUCAACUCGGCUAUGAGCGAUAUGUGAUUCAGGGCGGCGAUUUCGGCUCCCACACGGCGCGGUACAUGGGUGCUGCAUAUCCAGAAUCAGUGGUGUCGAUAUUGUGCAACCUCUAUGGUGUUCCAGCAAAUAUGAGCGAUCGGGCUCGCAGGGAGGCGAACGAAACAACAGCUGAAGAAGACGCCUACAUAGACAUCCUUGACAUGACAGAACCCUUUGCUGAGGCAUUCUGGAAUCUAGAGGCCGCAGUCCCACUGCAAUUGGGGAUACUAUUGACUGACAGUCCGGUAGGUAAUCUUGCCUGGCCAUACAUGGGCAUGCGCGGUUUUGCACCAGGCUACGAGUGGGCUCUCGAGGAUCUAAUCACAUGGGCGAUGAUGUUGUACAUCCAAGGCCCAUAUGGUAGUGUCAGGAUCUAUCAUGAAUUACAACGAGAGGGCACCUUAGCUUUCCGCUUCCCUUAUGUGUCCAUCCCUACUGGAGUGCUGCAAUACUUUCCAGACGCCGCAUAUGGAGCACCCCGUGAGUGGUGCGAACGCACCGCCAGGAUCACAUUUUUUGUGCGUAAGACUCAAGAUGUCCCUGGUGGCCACUUCCCAGCCCAAGUGAAUCCGAAGGAGUUGAUAUCAGACAUUCGAUCUUUCUGGUCGUCUCACGCAGGUGGAUGGGCGGUGGGGUCAGUGGAACAAUGA